AAAGAAAAGUUCCUUGCAUGUGCCAACAUUUUAAUUUUAUCUCUUCUUCGUUUAUUUCUUGAAAUUAGCUUUCACUAUUUUCUUAAUAGACGAGUACUGUAGCAGUAUUUUCUCUGUUGAGCAAAUAAAGGCAUCUCCCAUUGAGUUUUCAUUACUUUAUUAUUGGGACACCUUUUUUUGUAAAAUAUUCUUUAAUAUGACUGUAAUUAACACACAACUGCUUACUCUGUUUUGAAGCUGCGCCCGGACAAACACCCAAAUUUUCUGGUUGAUUCCUUUAAUGGGUACACUACAGAACCCAAUUCAAUCAAAACCCUAAUUUCCCCAAAUUUUCAUCAACACUCUGUUCCCAGAUCAACCUCUCCUGGUCUCGGGAGGGGAAUUGAGAAUACAUCCAUUUCAGGUGUUUUCUAUGAGGUGAGACAAGUUGGAUGAUGGCAGACUUACCAGGUUAUUUGCGCAACUGCUUGCAUACUGGAAAACUUGCACUUCUGGCAAUUUUAGUUUCGGGAGGGAUUGUAUUGCAAAUCUUGGCAUGCGCUUUGUACAAUAAUUGGUGGCCAAUGCUAACUAUAAUAAUGUAUGUGCUUCUUCCAAUGCCUUUGCUGUUCUUUGCGGGCUCUGAUGGUUCUUCUCUUUUAUCUGAAUCUGACAAUAGUUGGGUCAAUGCAACAAAGUUCUUGACUGGAGCUUCUGCAGUUGGAAGCAUUGCAAUACCAGCUAUCCUAAAGCAUGCUGGUGUUAUCGGUUGGGGCGCACUGGCAAUGGAACUCUCAUCUUAUUUUAUAUUCAUACUAGCCAUUAUGUGUUAUAUCCGAAUGGAUGAUAAUGACGACUACAGUUUCCUCUGAAAGAUGACUUAUCUGCAAUCAUGUCAAAUACUGUAAAAGUUAGUUCAAACGAGGCAAUGUCUUUCCCUGUUUUGAUGAGCCUUAUUUCCAUAAUUCCAUGUUUGUUCUUGUA